CUCUGAGUCUUAAAGUACUGUACAGUCAUGGCCGUUCUCGCUCGUUUCGCUCGUCUCGCACGGCCGCAGUGCGUCGUCUGUUUGAUCCGCUCAUGCUCGCCAGAUCAUCCCCAAUUUGCUCGUCCGCUAUAGAUUUCUUCCUGUGUAAUGGUGACGUCGCAGUGACGGUAACGUCGCGUUGCCUGUCGGAGCCUACGGCGUACUGGCAAACGAAACAGUUUCUGGAGCUGGGCGGACUUCGCGGAACACGAAGGACGGUUGUUCUGGUCAUCAAGCAUGGUCCAUCUUCAGCGUGGUUGCGUCCAGAACGAGGCUACAUAAAGGAGAGACGUUCGUUGCGCCAGAAGUUCGUUUGCAGUCAGUGUUGCGUUGUGAGCACUAGUACCCCUCAAAAUCGGCGCACACCAUCUGUGACCGGCAACACUGGAGAGGAGUCCAACGGAAAUCGGAGGCGUACAAAUGCUCCAUAUGACACAACAUCCACGAUCAAUACGUGCUGUUUGUCAUCAAGACAACGUUAUCAGCUCUGUCGCCCAGAUCUACCCACCCCAAGGUGAAUACAUACCUGAUAUGCAUCGUCCGUGGCUAUUCUGCGUGUUUCUACUGGGAUAAACAGCCAGGCCCUCGCGCGCGCUCGUGCACCCAACCAUCGUACAAGACAUGCUAUGCGAACCGAGCGCGGAGGCCGUUCAGGCCUGUGCGCACAAACUCGAGCUUACGAUGCCGUACCAGUGCUAUCGGCUCCAGCACCGCCAUCGCAUCGAGCUGCUCCGAGAUCGACGCACUGGAUACCCUCAACUGCACAUCGGUUGCUUGAGUCUCAUG